AUGAUUGAGCUGGGUUUAAAUCGCAUCAGCCGUCUUUUAAGGCACACCCCUCAACCGUGGAAAGCCAUUCAUGUCGCAGGUACCAAUGGAAAAGGUUCAAUAUGUGCCUAUCUAUCUGCAAUGCUACACGCCAGCGGUGUUCGUUGUGGCAGAUUUACUUCACCUCAUUUAAUUGACAGGUGGGAUUGCAUUACCAUCGAUGAACAACCGAUUCGAGAAUCCAUCUUCCGCGAGGCUGAGGCUCUAGUGUUAAAGAGAAACCAAGUAGAGGAUCUCAAAGCAUCCGAAUUCGAAUUACUUACAGCCACGGCAUUCGAAGUAUUUUAUAAAGAGAAGAUAGAGAUGGGAGUAAUUGAAGUUGGUCUAGGAGGAAGAUUGGAUGCGACAAAUACCAUGGAGAACAAAGCUGUCACUAUAAUCUCAAAGAUCGGUUUGGAUCACCAAUCAUUGCUAGGAAAUACAAUUGAGGAAAUAGCUCGAGAAAAAGCUGGAAUUAUGAGACCUGGUGUUCCUUGUGUGUUGGAUAGGAGCAAUAUACCUUCUGUACGGGAAGUCAUCUCAAAUUACGCCAAAGAAAUCGGAACGGAUGUCGUCAUCAGUUCUACAGAAUCAACAUUUUUGGACGAAAUCAAAGGCCAAGAUCUCGAACCUCAUCAAUUGGAGAAUUUAGCUUGCGCAUAUACUGCAUUUCACCUAGCAUAUACGAAAUUGGAAUCUCCUCUACAUCGACUCCUACCAGCUAUACAAAACAUUCAUUGGCCCGGAGCCUAUACUACUGGAUGGCGCACACAAUGUUCAAUCAGCAGAAGUUCUGGGUUCAUAUGUCAAUGGAAGACUUCGAACGAAAUCAAAUAA